CGACAAUUCCACCAUAAUAACAGUCGUCAACACUUCGCCGGUGUGGACAGUUGCAGAAAUAAUAGCUACGACUCUUCUUGUUUGUUGAUAGCGUUUUGUCGUUUGUGGUCACCACAGUAGUAGUAGUCGCGCUCACAGCAUAGUUCAUUUUAUCACAUAUUAUCGAUAGUAUGGCGGCAACAUUAAGUGUUAAAUCAGAAUAAUCCGAAUGAUCACCAUACUCAUAUGUGUGAAUUCAUGUGAAGAAUAAUAAUGAACGCGUAAUUCGUUUGUCUGAUUAACUGACAUUAACUGACGGAUUGUCAAUUAAUACAUGCAUGUUGCAUUUAUUAUACACAUGUGUGAUAUACAGUGUACAAGUGAAUCCCUCGUAUGAUUUCCAGCGGCCACAUCACAAUACGUCACAGAUCAUACGUCGCCCGCUCAGCAUCAGACGUUGGCCUUAUCAAUGAAAUAUAAUAUAGUGGCGCAGUAGCUAAAGACAUUCAAUUUUUAAAUAUGAUCGCUUUUAUAUUGUUAAAACAUACAUACAUACAUACAAAUAGUAUAUGCAUGCAUAUAUACUGUGAUUAAUUAGAGCGAUCGUGUGAUUUUGCUAUACAAGAAGAACGAAAAUAAUAAAAGUAAUUAAACACAAACAUUCUGACAUAUAUGAUUUUCUGUACAUACUACAUAUGUAUUAUUAAAUAGAGUUAAAAAUAUUAUAUAUAAAAAGUAUAAUACCAAAAAAUACAAACGCAAUUAGUUAAACCGAAAUGUUAGCUUCAGUGCUGAACUUUGUGCAAGGUGCCGUGGAGAUGUCUACCAUUGGUUGUGUUGAGUUGGCUUCGGUGGUUCUCAUCGUCUACUAUAUCUACGCCAAAACAAGAGCUUUGGAAAUCAUAGCCAAUCUAUUUCCUAAUUUGAAAUUGAAUAUCAAUUACCGUCCAUCGAUUGUAAAGUUCAACACCAUGGGCAAUGAACUGUUAACAACACUGCGUAGAAAUGUCCAAACGGAAACAAAACAGGCCAAUGCGCUCACACAUGCUCAAGGCACUAACAAUAUGUUGGAGUUGACACCACAUGCCGGUAAAAAGCCAUACCAUUCAAUGUUUGAUUGGGGUGUAUACUUCCCGUUUCUGGCACAAUGUCUGCGCAUAAAACGUUUUGAAUAUCCACAGGUGUCUGGUGCUGUACAAGAAGAUCUAAUGAUACAACAUGCUAUCAAACAAGCUGCAGAACAAAUGGUACGUGAACAGAGGAUUGAAUCACAUAGGACAUUGAAUUUAAAUGGUGAUUUAACAAAAGACACGGAAGAGGCAAAAAAAUACCAAGAAAUCUUGACAAGCCAAGAACGACGUGCCAAUAAUAUUUUAAUGAAUAUGCGUUCAACAUUGAACCAUUACUUGAUAAUGCUUACCUCAUGGCUGUUGUAUAAGCUGCUACCAUGCUUUUUAUCUGGCGUGGUUACGCACACAAGACAAAUAGAAACUUUGAAAAAGGCUUCGGAACGUGCACCUGGUAUUCCGUUAAUAUUCCUACCAUUGCAUAGGAGUCAUCUUGACUACAUUAUGGUUACUUUUAUUUUGACCAAUAAUGAUAUACGCAGUCCAUUAGUUGCUGCGGGUGACAAUUUACAGAUCCCGGUAUUCGGCGGACUCUUACGUGGACUUGGCGCUUUCUUCAUUAAACGAAAAAUUGAUCCUGUGGUAGGAAAAAAAGACAUUCUUUACAGAGCUAUUCUUCAGCAAUACAUACAACAUUCGCUAAAAAUGUCACACAACGUUGAGUUUUUCAUUGAGGGUGGACGCACACGCACCGGCAAACCCUGUAUGCCCAAAGGUGGUAUAUUAUCGGUAAUUGUGAAUGCCUUUAUGGACCGUAGUAUCCCAGAUGCGUUACUAGUUCCGGUUUCCGUUAAUUAUGAACGUCUUGUUGAUGGCAAUUUCGUACGCGAACAAAAAGGUGAAAAGAAGGUACCCGAGUCAUUCUGGAAAGCUAUGUCAGGAAUUUGGAAGACUUUGAACUCAAAAUAUGGACUUAUGCGCAUCGAUUUUAAUGAACCAUACUCCAUAAAAGAACUCGUCCAAUCAUAUAAUAAAGUCGCCACCGGUGAUAGUCAAUUCAAGGUGUAUCAACCCUCCGAAAGAAAACUACAACACAACCAAUCGACAUCAUCUUUAUAUGGUACUGACGUGGUAUGCGAAGAACACCGCACACUCAUCGAUAGCAUUUCAAGAGAGGUUGUGUAUGAUUGCGCUUCCGCCACAUCAGUAAUGUCUACAAACGCGCUGGCAUUUCUAAUGUUAACACAGUUUCGCAAAGGCGCCUUAGCCACUAAUGUCGCGUUGGCACUAGAUUCACUGCGUAAUCGGUUAAAAGGACGCAAAGACAUGGCAUUCGCAGGAGACUCUCUACAUAUUGUUAAUUAUUCUGCAGAUUUAUUGGGCGAAGGUUUGAUAACGCGUACGCAGGACGAACGCGGACAGACGCACUUAAAGCCAGUGCAAAGUACUGAAGCGUUAAUUGAGUUAUCCUAUUACUCAAAUAUGCUUACACCACAUUUCGCUUUGCAGUCUGUAUUGAUGAUAACCUUCCACCAAUUGUUGCUAGUAAGCGCAGAUGACAAAGCAACGGAUACCAAAACCGAAAAUAUGUCGGGAGUUUCGAGAAAAAAUCUCAUUGAUGCAGCUUUAGCGAACUGUGAUGUACUUCGUUACGAAUUUAUUUUACACAAGCCUACUCAAAUAUUAAGUAAUCUUUUGGAGAUUUCUUUGGAUGAACUGAUAGUGAACGAUUUUAUAAAGUUACCAGAGGUUAGAGAUGAACCAGAUAGCAAUGUCGAAAGUCGAAAAAUUGCACGCAAUAUAGCGGCGUAUUUAGAAGACAUAGAUGACACUGAAUAUGUAGACUACGAGCCGAAUGGGGAUAUUCACGAUGAGCAGCCCGAUCUAUUUUUGUCCAAUGACACGCUGACCGAGCAGAAAGCGAUUUGUGAAGUUUUAGCGCCGUUUAGUCACACAUAUUACGCGGUAGCUCAAUCACUUAGUAUUCUGUAUAAAAAUUCAAUGCUCGAAUCUGAAUUCAUCAAAUUUGUUAUUAAUAACAUAUCAAGUAAGGUGGAUAGUGGCGCUUGUCCAUAUGCUGAAAGCGUAUCUACAGAUUCUGUGCGAAAUUGCUUGAAACUUCUGGAAAAAUGGUCAGUGUUGGAAAUUUCGAAUGAUCAUGGUUUGCGUCUGUUAACGCUUGGUACGCUUUAUGAGACAUCCAAAGAAUCUGUAAAGACUAUCAUUGGCAGAAUAGCCAAAAUUGUGCCGCCAAAAAGCGGUCACCUGCCUUUUUGAACCUAAAACCAGCAUAUUGCCAAAUAAAAUAAGUGUUUAUUCCGCAAUGGAAGCGACGCUUUAUCCAUCGAGUCCUCAUACUCGUUGGAAGAUUUUAAAUAAUGCAGUUCAUUCAACGAAAUUAAGUCCAAAAUAUAUAACAAAAGCAAUGAAUUUUUCGACUGAGUAGCUUAGCUUAAUAAGUGAAAACCAUUUAAUAACUAUUCGAAAUAGUUUGAAUUUUCAUAACGAUAUUAUCGUUAUUCACACUGUCACGUGUCUCAUUUUUUAAAUAUUUCAUUUACAUGUAUAUUAAAAGUAGAAGCAAUGAUAUUAAGCUUUAGUUCCGAUAUUUAAAUGGGACUACGCAUAAAUGUACACUAUGUGACAUAACUCAUUUUUUGUAAUAAAAUUACUUUAGACUAAGAUCCUGUAAAAAAAAGUGAAAAUAAAUUUUUUUACCACACA